GCGUGCAGGUUGAAUUUACCCGAUAAAUUUCCCCCAAAAAAACCCUAAACAAUUGAGCAAUAAAAAAUACCCGACAUAUUUUCGACAAUCGGUAAAUUUCCAGUGGCUCUCAAUCGAUUUAAAAAAUUUCAUUUCUCGUCAUUUCGAGGUUUUUCUUUCUCUUCAAAAAUUAAUUUAAAAAAUUAAUCGAAGUAUUAUAUAUAUUAUUUUUAAUUCAUAAAAAUGCGAGUUGCGGAUUGUAGGAAAAGUGAAUAUUCCGUGUGAGUGUCGGGAUUUCGUGAAAAAAUGUUCAUUCACCGAGAGUUUUCCCUCAAUUACCUCAAGUGCAGUCAUUAUCCCAGAAGGGUAAAAAGGUUACCGAGUCGUUAAAAAAGUGAUUUAUAAUAGUGCCAGUAAAGAGAAUCUGAGAGAGCGACAAACUUUUGAGAAGAACAUGGGAAUUAGAGGAAACCAUGAUUUCAAGAACUCAAUACUUCACGUUUGUCUGGGAUUCCGUUGAAAAAUCUUUUUUAUUUAGCGUAGUUAUCGAAGUUCUUGGGAAUAAUGGCAGUUGAAAUUGUUAUAAAAAUUCCAAAGGCUGAAUUACUGGAUUGUGAGGGAAAACAAUUGUAAUUUUAACAACUAUGUCAUCAACUUUUGAACUCAAUUCGUCGUAUUACACUACUAUUAUCGAUGGAAGCAGUACCUUAGAUGGAUUUUCAGUUUCAGUGACUGACCCAGUGAAUGAGACUGGAAUUGCGUACAUGCUUCCACCGUACAUCCGUAUGACUUCUAUGGUGAUAGUAAUUGUUGUCAUGGUUCUGGGUAUCAUUGGCAAUCUCAUGGUGCCACUGGUUGUUCUUCGUGGAAAGGACUUGAGAAAUAGCACAAACAUUUUUCUCGUGAACCUGAGUGUUGCUGAUCUUUGCGUUCUUCUGGUUUGCGCUCCAACUGUUCUUGUCGAGAUAAAUUCAGGUCCUCAAGUCUGGCCGCUCGGUGAACACAUGUGCAAAGCUGUACCCUUUGUGGAAUUAACUGUCGCGCACGCAUCCGUUUUGACAAUAUUGGCCAUCAGUUUUGAAAGAUAUUACGCCAUUUGUGAACCUCUUCGGGCUGGGUACAUCUGUACAAAAGCUAGAGCGACGUUUCUCUGCUUUUUAGCUUGGAUUUUUGCCGCUGUUUGCGCAAGUCCAGUUAUUCCAAUAACGACUUACGCAGAGAUCGAUGGAUUUCCAAACUGCGAGACACAGGCAACAACUUCCUGGUCCAAGAGCUUCUUCAUGACAACAAUCGUCAUCUUCUUUAUCGUACCAGUUUUAAUUUUAAUGAUAUUGUACACAGUAAUAGCUCAGCACUUGAUGGCAAAUCCAGCGAUAAGUCGUGGACCAGCGAAUAAUCUCCUCAAGUACAGAAAACAGGUGGUAAUGAUGCUGGGUACAGUGGUACUGUGUUUUUUUAUCUGUCUCCUUCCCUUCAGAGCACUGAUGCUCUGGAUCCUGAUAGCACCAUCAGCAUCGAUAAUAUCCAUCGGUGUCGAGAGCUUCUACAGUUUAUUGUACUUCUGUCGAGUUAUGCUGUACCUCAACUCCGCUAUCAAUCCCAUUUUGUACAAUCUCAUGUCCACCAAGUUUCGGGAGGGAUUUCUCAGGCUAUGCGGGUUGGGUAGAAAUAGAAAUCAGGAGAGUAUAACGUCAACCAGAACUAAGACAACAGCAACAACCAGCAGCAAUAAUUCGUCCGAUUGGAGGAGACAGAGCAGCAAUAAAAGUUCCAACACCAAAGUUACUAAUGAUUCUAUGAAACAAUUUACCGUGCCAAUUCUCACGACUGUUGGCAUCGGGAAAAAAGAAAUAGAGAGUUAUGUGUAGAGGUGGUUUUAAUUAAAAAAUUGCA